AUGGCUUAUCUCACUGAAUUCUCUAAGUGUGCAGCUGUGGAAAACAACUUAGGAGAAUCCUUCAAUGCAGCCAUACGUGUGGCGAGAACCAACCCAGUUGUUGAGAUGCUUGAAGAGAUACGAAGACGUGUCCUGGUGAGCAAUGAGAAGGAAAGAAAAGAAUCAGAGAAAGCGAAGGGGAUUUACACUCCUAGAGCAAGAGCAUUGCUCGAUCAACAAAUAGAGCUUGCAAAGAAUUGA